AAGUCGAUGUGGCAAUUUGGAAUGAGGUCCAAGAGAAACAACUUGGGGUGGUUCUUGAGACACCAUGCAAAUGCAUCAGCUCAGAACCGCGGCACAGGCCCUCACAGAGUUGGGUCUGAUGCCCGAUUCUCUUAAACCAUUGUUUCAUCUGGACUGAUAUUUUCACUUUGCAUCCACAUAUAUACUAUUACAGCAUUGUUAUGUUUUUAAAACAUUUUAACAGUCAUGGAGUUUUGAAUUUGAACUGGUUAGGCAUGAUGUCUAUUACUCAUUGUAAGUCUUAAAAGUAGAUGAACUAGAGAAUAGCAGAGAAAAUAUAAUUGCUUUGAAUUUUCACUUUUGCUUUUACCAAACAAUUUUAUUUCUGUUGUCAGGGAAAAAGAAUUAGUAACUAUGGUACAUGUUUCUAUUAUCAGAAAUCUGGUCCAUGUUUCAUCUGUUCUCCUAUUUGCUAAUGAAUUAUCAUCACUAAUUAAACAGAUAGUUAUAAUCUGCUAAUGCUAUUUCUUUCUAGUAACUGUUUCUUUUGCCUAAUGGUGCUAUCCUUGCCUGUUACAUGCGUAAUUAUAUAUGAAUAAGAACAGAAACUUUAUGUUCUUUAUUUUUGUUAUGUGAAUUCCUUUGCUGGUAAGCUCUUAAAAAUUUUCUUUUCAUUUUUUCUCUUGCCUGGCAAACUUAAAAUUUUUUUUUUGAGAAAAAUGCUAUUUCUUUCUAGUAACUGUUUCUUUUGCUACGUGGUGCUAUCCUUGUUUGUUAAUUGCGACUUCGAACGACCGGUGUGAAGUGUGAACCCUAGCGCCCAAUGCCCAUUGGGUAAUUAAUUGCGACUUCCAACUACUUUUUAGUCUCUCUCUCUCUCGCUCGCUCUCUUGCUCUCUCUGCCCUUAGUGCUCUGCUCGACGUUUGCCUGCCCUGACGUACCCGUGACCUGCCUGUCGGUCUGUCUGUCGCUAAACGAAGUUACAUCGUGUUCUUAGAAAAUAGACAGAUGACGCUGCAUCCACCGCAUGAAAGCCUGAACGCCUCUUUCCAUCGUCGCUUGAAGUUGAAAAACGUGUGCUGUUUUACUGGAAUUCCAAAAUACUAGAGAUUUAAAUGCCUCGUAGAGUUGGUUUACACUAGGUUGUAUGAUUCUGUCCCUCUCUAAUCUUGUCUCUCGGAUUUUGUGUGUUCGAGCGGCAAGAACCCUGGAGCGAGGAGGUAACGAAAGUGAAGAGCUUUCCACUAUUCGAGCACUAGAAGCGCUCCGACAGAAGUAAAGAUCCCUCCUUUUCCUUGGAUUUUUUCUGUUCUUGUGAUCUUUUUGAGAAACGGGAUCUUUUCGUUUGAAUCACUCAACGCUUUUCUUGAAUUACAUUUCUUUUUAGUUGCCAAUAUCUCUCUUUUGCUCCCGUGGUAUGUGUUAAAUUUCCAUGCGAUUGCUUGUAGUAGCUCUUGAAAUUAAGGUAGUCAAACGUGUCCUCCUCCUCAGAUUUCCUCAAGUCUGUCGGCCUUCACAGAAUUAGUUCUUUUCUUUUGGCAUUGCUCCAUGACUCUUCCCGCAGCAGUAACCUAGCGCUCUCAUCUUCUUUGUUUUUCUUAUUCUUUUCUUUCUUUUCUUUUCUUUUUCUUUUCUUUUUUCUUUUUUCUUAUAUUGCUUCUUAGUGAUAUAAAACAGCUGUGUCAUCCGGAAUAUCUCUUUUUCUGCUGAUUUUCUAUUUACUGUUUUCAGUUUUAACAUCAACAGCAAAAAAAUAAUAAUAGUAAAUAAAUAAUACAAUUCUUUUUAGCUUCUUCAAAUUUUUUCCACAUCUACGAGAUGGGUUAUCUUCUUUGGCAUUGCUCAUCACUGCUCCUGGCUUUGAUUCCACUAUCCUUCGGUUUGACCUCCGAUGGAAUAGCCCUCCUGGCCCUCACCAAAAGCCUGAUCUUACCACACUCCAUAAAUUCCACCUGGAAAUCUUCUGACCCAACUCCAUGCAAAUGGGUGGGAGUAAGUUGCGACAAGAGGCGCCAUGUGGUGUCUCUCGAUCUUGCAGAGAGAGGGAUUUCAGGCACAUUGGGACCGGAGAUAGGACUGCUGCGACAUCUGCGGACGAUUGAUCUUGGUGUCAAUGAUCUCUCUGGACUGAUCCCACCAGAAUUGGGCAAUUGCACCCUGGUGGAGCACUUGGACCUCUCGAUUAACUUCCUUUCUGGUGAGAUACCGGAGACCCUCCAAAACUUGAAGAGGUUGUCUUAUCUAUCCCUUUACGGAAAUUUCCUUACUGGAAAAAUAGCAGAUCCUCUGUUCCGAAUUAAGUAUCUGGAAACAAUUUAUCUCAAUCAAAACAAUCUCACUGGCUCGAUCCCUCAUACUGUCGGGAAUAUGAGCAGGGUCAAGGACCUUUGGCUGAGUGACAAUCUCUUGUCAGGUGUCUUCCCUGAUUCAAUUGGAAACUGUACCAAGUUAGAACAGCUCAAUCUGUUCAAUAACCAGCUGACCGGUCCUCUUCCAGAAACUUUAAAUAGCAUCAGAGGGCUUAAAUUUUUGGAUGUCCAUAGUAAUAAUUUCGGUGGGAGGAUUCCUUUUGGUUCAAGCAGUUGCAAGUUGGAACAGCUAAUUUUGUCAUUUAACCGAUUGGAAGGUGAGAUCCCAGCAGGGUUAGGAAAUUGCAGUAGCUUGACGGUCUUUAGUGCUGUUGGCAAUGGACUGUCUGGUGAGAUACCAUCUUCACUUGGUUCACUGACCAAGCUUACAAUACUUUACCUAUCUGAAAACUCUUUGUCAGGAUCCAUUCCAACAGAGAUAGGGAAAUGUCAAUCACUGAGGGCAUUAGAAUUGUAUGAGAACCAGCUAGAAGGGGCUAUUCCAAGGGAACUGGGUAAGUUGUAUAAUUUGACCAAGCUCUUUCUGUUUGAUAAUCACUUGACUGGAGAGGUUCCUAUAGAGAUUUGGCGCAUCCGGAGUCUUGAGCAUGUUCUAAUAUAUAAGAACAAUCUCUCUGGGGAGCUGCCUUUGGAGAUGACCGAGUUAAGAAAUCUGAGAAACAUUUCUCUGUUCAAUAAUCGGUUUACAGGGGUCAUACCUCAAGGUCUGGGUAUCAAUAGUAGUUUGGUGCAGAUUGAAGUCACUAACAAUAGCUUUGUUGGUGGAAUACCACCACAUAUCUGCUUUGGAAAAGAACUUAGGCUUCUCAACUUGGGAUUUAAUAUGCUCAAUGGUAGCAUGCCUGUAGGUCUUGGGAACUGUUCAACUUUGCGGAGGUUGAUUCUUCGUAAUAACAACCUCACAGGUUCCAUUCCAGAAUUUGUGGAAUCUUCUAGCCUGUCAUAUAUGGAUUUAAGUUUCAAUAAUUUGAAUGGGCAUGUUCCUCCUAGCCUGGGAAAUUGUGGAGACCUUGCUAUGAUAAACUGGUCAGGGAACAAGCUUGUUGGUCCAAUACCUCAAGAAAUUGGAAGGCUAGCAAAUUUACAAGUUCUGAAUCUUUCUUACAACAAUUUAUAUGGUAUGCUGCCUCUGGAGAUUUCGCACUGCAGUAGAUUGUAUUUGCUGGAUUUGAGUUUCAAUUCUUUGAAUGGCUCAAUCCCGCCAAGCUUAACAAACUUAACAGUGCUCUCUCGAUUGAUACUGCAAGGCAAUCAGUUCAGCGGAGGGAUUCCAAGUUUCCUGUCACAAUUUGACAGGCUACUGGAGCUGCAGCUUGGGGGAAAUAAAUUGGGAGGCAAUAUCCCUUCAUCAUUGGGUGCACUACAGAAUCUGGAAAUAGCUUUAAACCUCAGUGAAAACAGACUGGCAGGUCAGAUUCCAUCAGCAUUAGGGAAUUUGAAAAGAUUACAGAGCUUGGAUUUAUCUCUCAACAAUCUGACAGGAAGCUUAAAAUCCUUGGAUGAUCUCAGUUCGCUGCUUCAAGUGAAUGUUUCGUUUAAUCAAUUUAAAGGUCCACUACCAGAAAAAUGGUUGAAGUUUCUGAACUUGUCACCAAGCUCAUUUAUGGGAAAUCCAGACCUUUGUAUCUCUUGUCAGGCAGAUGAGUUGUCUUGCACAAAUACGACUACUUUAAAACCCUGUGGUCCAUCGAGCAAUUCUAGAGGCCUUAGAAAGAUUAAGACCAUGAUGAUAACUCUUGGCUUGUUACUUGUCGGUGUCCUGGUAUUUCUUUUGUUUGGAUUUGUUCUCUUCAAGUGUAAACAGACAACAAAAGAGGAAGGACCAUCUUUACAUGAGGGUUCUUCUUUCCUGCUGAAUAAAGUAAUGGAAGCCACUGAGAACUUAAAUGAGAAAUUUGCUUUGGGGAAAGGAGCUCAUGGAACUGUUUACAAGGCUUCAUUGAGCCCAGAAAAAGCUUAUGCUGUAAAAAAGCUUGAUUUUGCAGGCCACAAGGGAACAAGUACAAGUAUGGUGAGAGAAAUCCAAACGGCUGGACAAAUCAGGCACAGGAAUCUGGUGAAACUGGCAGACUUCUGGCUGAGAAGUGACUAUGGGUUGAUAUUGUAUGACUACAUGGAGAAUGGAAGCCUUCAUGAUAUUCUACAUGAGAUAAAACCAGCUCCAGUUUUAGAGUGGAAUGUGCGUUACAGGAUAGCUCUUGGAACUGCUCAAGGGCUGGCAUAUCUUCACAAUGACUGUAAUCCAGCUAUUAUUCACCGUGAUAUUAAACCUAAGAACAUACUCUUGGACUCAGAGAUGGAGCCACAUAUCUCAGAUUUUGGCAUUGCCAAGCUCAUGGAUCAACUUUCUGCCUCUCUUGAUUCCACUGCCAUCACGGGCACCAUUGGUUAUAUGUCUCCAGAAACUGCAUUUACAACCAGAACAAGCAAGGAAUCAGAUGUCUACAGCUAUGGAGUAGUCUUGCUUGAAUUGAUAACCAGAAGGAAGGCCCUGGAUCCAUCAUUUCCUGAAAACACAGACAUAGUAAGGUGGGUAAGUUCAAUGUUGAAUGGCAGUGAUAAAAUUGAAGUGGUUGCUGAUCCAGAUCUCAUGCAUGAAGUUGUUGGCUCCGUGGAAAUGGAAGAAGUAUGCAAAGUACUUUCAUUGGCUAUGAGAUGCACAGCUAAGGAGGCAAGUGAGAGACCCUCGAUGUGGGAUGUCGUUAAAGAGCUAACGGAUAUUAUCAAGUCCAAAGCUUGUAAUUUGCCUAAACAGGGAAAGUAUGGAUCUGUGGUACCAUAGGUAUUUGCUGGGACUUUUGGGUACUCUCAUCGCUUCAUCCACCAGAUUAUUAAACUGUUGUUAGUGAGCGUAGUAAAAUGAGAUAGUUUGGUGUACAAACGCUGAUAAUAUGCAUGAAUCAGAGAAAGGUUCUGUAUCAUCAUAUUUUGUAUUCGACUCUGGAAUAUGUAGAAACAAAUUCUAAAAUUGCCUUAUUUCUUGGAUGUGAUCA